AUGGCUAUGGAGUGCAUGAAGGAUGCCUUCCGCAAGGAUCAAUUGCUGGACGGACGUUUCAGGACCAUCGCCCCUUUGAAUCAUGGGUCUUUUGGAAUGGUCUUUCUUGCCGAGGAUCUUACUACUCGGCAAGAGGUUGCCAUCAAGUGUCUAACCAAGCCCACCGCUGCCAAUCAAUCGGUGUCCGUUACUACCUUCGACGAGGGCACUGAAGAGCUUACCUGCCACGCCAUUCUCAAGCACCAUGAUCAUCUGGUUAAUCUUAUUCACCACUUUGAGACCGACUCCCAUACGUAUCUGGUUCUGGAAUAUUGUUCUCAAGGAGAUCUCUACGAGGCCAUUCGACUGGAUCGUGGACCACUUCAAACUGAACACGUUCGACGGUUCAUGCUCCAAUUGAUCAGUGCUGUUCAGCACAUGCAUGACAACGGCCUGUAUCAUCGAGACAUCAAACCCGAGAAUAUCUUCCUCACUCACGAUGGCUCCAUGAAGCUUGGUGAUUUUGGUUUAGCCACCAGAAGCUUCUUCUCUUAUGAAGCUUGUGUGGGAAGUGACCGAUACAUGGCCCCUGAGCAAUAUGAUCCCGCUGCGACUGGCUAUUCCCCAGCCAAGGCAGACAUCUGGUCAAUUGGGAUCUGCUUGCUCAACGUUUUGUUCGCUCGAAAUCCCUUCGUCACUCCCACAGAGUCAGAUGUUCUCUUCGCUGACUACCGCCGGGAUCGCCAGUCCUUGUUUGACAUCUUCCCCAAUAUGUCUCAAGAUACCUUUGAGAUUUUGUCUUGUGCUAUGACUUUGGACCCCGCGAAGCGUGAUCUGGCUGCUCUCAAACAAGCAGUUCUCCGUGCUGUCACGUUCACCACUGAUGACGAGGCCUUUGACGAUUUCUGUGCGGAGGAACGAGACACUGUUCGUGCUAGCGCCAACCGCGAGCCUCUCCGGACUCCCUCAAUUCAAAGCCCACACAUGGAUUCGGAUAAUUUCCCAUGGGCCAAGGCACUUCAUUCUAGUCCCAACAAGAAGCAACAACAAUUGGCUAGCAUCCCUGAUAUGUUUGACGAGGACUUGUUCGAAUCCGAGAAGAGUGUCAAGCUUGGCGAGUCCUGGUAUUCUGGACAUACUCCUUCACUGGCUUCGGUUCUUGAUUCGGCUUAUGGCUCCCUCAAGUCGUUGGCUAUCAAGCGUCCUUCCAAGCGUGAUCCACCGCGACCAGAUCCCGUGCCGAUUCCCCAUUCACUGCCUACUCGACCAUCUCGACCUAUCCCCACCAUGUCCUCUGUUUUUGGAAAGCACAAGGACACUGUGGCCAAGAGUUGGAGUGACAUGUUUGAAGAGGACGAAGAGGAGUCGGAACGGGAGCUUGAGUAUGAACGGAGACGCGAACAAAACUCUCGAAGCUUUAGCCACGACAGCCGUCGAGAAGCUCCUACUCCUGUUCCUGUUCCCGCGGGUAUCUUGACCGAGUCCAAGAGUCGAUCGUCGAGUAAUGUUCGUCGCAGUCGAACUCCGAGACCUGCAGUUCCAUCCAAGCCCGACGCACUUGGCUCGGAUGAGAAUGAUCCCUUUGGUUGGCGUGUUCGAACCCCUCGUCACUCACCCAAGCAGGUACCUGUUGACAAAUGGGCGGCUCUGGGUACUAAGAGACGCAACUUUCAGACCGAUUCGGAACGGCAGGCUGCACCAUACAAGAAACGGUCGUUCACUACUGGGACCAGGAAGAGAUCGAUGAACUCGAUGGGGGCGGAGCAACCUAGCUGGCAACGACGCGACAGCCGAACUAGGGGACGACAACCGGCGUACUUGAAUCAAUCUUGGCGUCAAACCAAGGUGAUUGACUCGUCGGCGGACGAGGAAGAUCACGAGUGGGUUGGAGGUUGGCACAACUUCCAUUUGUAA